ACUGGGUUACGACGCGCGCCGCGGUUCCGCCCGCCGAAUGUAGAUGUCACUAGUGGCCGCUGGCGGUGGGACGCGGGCUGCGCGCACGCCGCUGCAGUAGCCGGCCGGCGAUACCGCGAAUGCUUAAUGGUACCCGCUCCGCCGCCGCCACGCCCGCCGGCUUCCCGUAGCCCGCUGCUGCCCGAACGGUGCGCUCUCUCGCGACGGGGAGCCAUCCCUGUGGCCGGCGCUCCGACGCCAGCGCCGAGAGGAGCCACGACGACGACGACGACGACGACGUCGACGACGCGCGGGCCGCUGCUGGCGCAGGUUUGGAACGGGUAGCGGAGGAGUUAAUGGGCAGAAGGAAAUGGAAACAUUAUCAGGAGUCAGUUUUGAGAAGUAGACCGCAAGCAGACAUAGAACCCAGCAGCAGUGAUUGGCAAGUUGAAGACAAAUGCUGCUUUUGCGACGGUGGGAUGUUCCUAAGACCAGCAACAAGUCCACAGUCAGACAGCUGCAGUAGUUCCAACAGCCACAGCAGUUUUCACGAAACUCAGUCGACAGUAGCAGCAGACAAUUCACCUCCCAGGCUGGCGAUGACAACACUCGAACCGGUCACGUCGCUGGCCGCGUCACUGGCAGCUAUCCCGACCUACAGCCCGGGACUCGCACAGGGCCAGGGCCAGGGGCACUCCGCAAUGGCAACCACCCCUCCAGCAGGCCUCUCUCUCUACCCCGCAGUAGCACGCCAUCGGACACCUGCGGGACUCUUCCCUCCGUGGUACCUGUCACCGACGGCACCUGCUCCGAACGUGCAGUCGGAAGGAAAGACUGAACCGGAAACUCCACCCGUCGUCGUAUCCCUCCCUGCAUCUACACCGCUGUCAGUACCGUCAGCUGCAGCGAGUGAGCAGCCUUUGGACUUGAGUGCCAAAGCCAAGGAAGAAGCAUCUGCACCCAGCACCUCACCUGUGCCUCAGCCUUUGGGAUUGGCAACUCUGAGUUUGGACAGCAAGCAGAUAUUCAAGGCGAAACCAAGAAUGAGUGCAGUGGCAGGUCGAAGGACAUACACAGAAGAAGAGCUUCAGGCUGCUCUGAGAGAUAUCCAGAGUGGAAAAUUAGGAACUCGGCGUGCAGCUGUUAUUUAUGGUAUACCACGCUCCACACUUCGGAACAAAGUGUACAAGUUGGCUAUGGAGCGUGAACGUGACGCACACUUAGUGGUUCCUACAGUAGAGGAAAGAGACCUAUCUGGCGCUGAGGAUGAGAAGGAAGUUGAACGUGCUUUAAGUCGUCCUCUUCUUUCUGUUGACGAUCUUCUGCGAUUAUCUGUGCUAGAUGGGGAUGCUCUUAGAGUUCUUCUGGAGGAAGUUUCUGCAGGACACAAUCGUGAAGCAAGUGAGUCAGCAUCUUCCCCAGUGUUUCCACAGUCUAGUGAACUUUGGCAUGGUCUAGAACAGAGUGCAUUGGGACCUUACAUCUCCCAGCUUCUGAUAGCUGGAAGUACUCAAGAUCCUUGCCAUGCUGAAAGUGGAGGUACACUCCCAAAAUUUUCUUCCCCUCUUCUCCCUGAACUUGUCCGCCGGAUGAUGGCAGAGGAGCAGCAACAGCAGAUAAAGAAGCUAGGUAGUGCCAAUAAUUUGGAAGCAAAUACAAAUGUAACAUUGAAUGGUGCUUCAGGUGAUGAGAUACAGAAGUUAGGUGAUAGCGACAAUAGUGCUGGGCCACCGAGAGUUCCAUCUGCAUCAUCUCAAACAGACCCUGUGAAAGCUACAACAAAAGUUGGGGAAGCAGACGAAUCAUCUGACACAGAUGCAACAGCUUCCACUUCUAGAGUUGCCACACCACCAAAUGUGAUACUGAGAAUUCCGUCCUUUAAACCAACUACGAAAAAUGGUGUGGCUACUCCAGGAAGUGGAAGUUUGCCUUCUAGUGAAAUUCCAUUCCAGACUGUUGGAGUUCCUGCAUUUCCUGGCCAGGAAUCUAGUCAUGUAUUGAACAGCAGCAGUAACAACAGUAAUGAGUCUUGUUCACCACCAGCAUCUAACCUUGUAGGAAAAGGGAUUGGGGUCAGUUUACGUGAUGUUAUAGCCAAAAGCAUUAGUCAGAAAUUUCAACCGACUGAUCUCCCAAUCUCACAGAAGCUCUUAUUAUCAGCAGAUGAGCAACCCCCAUUUAAGAGAGGUCGUUUUACUCCUCCAUUAAAUACAAAUAUCACAUCGUGCACUAUAAAACACAAUAACAAUAACAACACUAAUGUUGAUGAUAAAAACAAGACAUCCUCUGCAGGUGGAAAAGCUUCAUCAAAUUCUACUGGCAAAGGAACCCGGCCAAAACGUGGAAAAUACCGUAAUUAUGACCGUGAUAGUUUGGUGGAAGCUGUUAGAGCAGUGCAGAGGGGUGAAAUGAGUGUCCAUAGGGCGGGAUCAUAUUAUGGUGUUCCACAUUCAACAUUAGAAUACAAGGUGAAAGAGAGACAUUUGAUGAGGCCUCGGAAGAGGGAGCCCAAGCAACAACAGUCUGAUGAAGUUAAAAGGAAAGAUGAAUCUGGAACUUCAAUUCCAAGGAGCACAGCAACGACCUCAUCAGCACUGGCAAAUGAUAAACUUAAAACUUUACCUAAACCUCCCAAGACUGCCUUUAAUUCACCUGCUCCAUUACCUGGUGCACCAAAUGGUCUGAAAAUACCACCCUUGUUUGAUCCCAGUUUAUCUCUUGCCGCAUAUGCUAAUGUUACAACAGCCUUUCCAUUUUGGCCUGGUCCAUUUCAUGCCUUACCGGUUCCAGAUUUUGCCACUCCUGCUGGUAGCUUUCCUCCAAAUCCUGAACAUUUCUUUGCACCACAAAUGAUACACAGGCUACAAGAUGAAACUAGGACUGCACCACGAACGAGCCCCUCUUCAGUAGUUCCUCCUCUUGGGAAGACUGCACGAGAGAUGGCAGCAUCUUUGUAUGAUGGAACAGGAGCUAAUGGUAAUUUUCUUGAUGGUAUAAUUCGUUCAAGUCUUGAGAUGGGUUUGCCAUCAUCCUCACCCAAAGAAGGCAGUACAGGGGUGGGAAAUAGCGGAAAAAUGUCUAACAAAGCACUCAUUGACCAACUUUGUCGUAACAGUUGUGUCACUCCUCUGCCCAAAGCUCCGACACCUUUUAGUAUGAAAGAUUGCAGUACCAGUGUAAAUAGCUCAGAUGAAGAACCUGUAAAGCAAGAAAGUGUCAUCCAGGACAAGCCCUUAGAAUCUGCUUCUCCUGCAGAGCCUGUAGUUUGUCUAUCAAAUUCAUCCAGUGGCCUGCCAGAACAUGACUGUAGAAUAGAUAGUGAACAUGUUUCUUCAGUUUCAGAUGAAAAACAUAGCAAGGACAGUGUUUUGCCACUGUCAGGGGUGCACUGUGUGACACCAACUGAAGAUAGUUCUGAAUUAUUUACUAAAGAUUCAAGUGAAUUUCAUAAAGAACAUGUUCAUAAUCCAACUGAUGAAAGUGCCUGUGAUAGUAAAACUGUAAAAAUACUUGGUGAUAUUGAAGCUGCCAAAGACUUACUCCCUAAAGAAGAAGGCAAUGAGGAUUCAGAACAAACUGAGGAUACCAAAUCAAUGACGGUCAACUCAUAGAGAGACUGAUGCAUUUCUUAGCUACUAUUUCAUAACAUGUCAAAAAUUUAAUGUGAAUGCAAGAGAUUUUAUUAUGUAUAUUGUUAAGGUGUAUCUUAUUUUAAUCACCUUGCUGUACUGAUUUUGUAGGUGUUUAACACUAAUGAUACUGACUGUAUUUCUUCUUUAUUUUAGGAAAGCAAAAGAAUUCAAUUUUUAAAUGUGAGGUAUUUGCAAACUUAAUAUUAUCUGCCUUGAGUGUGUCACUGGCAUUUCAUAACAUUCUUUCUUCAACAUAGUGAUGUGCGACUACUUUUCCUGCUACUGUGAGGUCGACAAUCCAAAUGUUGCCAAAGCUAAUGUGGAACACAUGCCCUUAUAUUUAUCAGAUUUCAUCAAUUAUUUGUCCUUCUUUUACAGUAGGUAGAGUUGGUAAUCUGAAUGUAACUUAUUUAAAAAUGUAGGUGUAUAAAUUUGUGGAGACUUUUUAAACAUAUAUAUAUAUAUUUUAAUAUAACCAAAAUGUUCUGGAGUUUUCCCAAGAUAUUUAUCAGAGCAAUUAAAAUUCAUUCCCAUUUGUCCAAAGAAUCUUCAAAGUCUCAUGUAACUAUUGUCAAAUUCUUUAUAUUUUUCAUUAUUUACACUGAAUGUUGGUUAGAAAAAAAUUAAUAUGCUAGUGUUAGUAAUGUCAGUGCAUUCAUACUUCCUUUUCUAUCAUUGUUUUAUGUCACUCAGAAUUAUUUCAUAAUUCUAUCAUAUUUGUUGUCAUUUCGAUUUUCACAAUUCCAAGUGUCCCAUUAUUUUCAUAACAGCAAAUGUAAGAUUACUGGUACAGUACAGACACGUGAUGGUCAGUUCCCUUUUUAAUAUCUUUUUCCUCAAACAAAUGAAAUUAUAGUCAUAGUCUGGUGUGCUGGGUACUUAAAAUAUCACUUUCACUGUUGUAAAUUCUGUGAUGUGCUCUUGAGUCAUUUGUUCCAACAAUUUUUCUGUCAUUGCGUGCAUUGUCAUUUUGCUUGUAUCACUGUAUGUAACCAGUGUGUCUUCUGUCUGUGCUUAUACUGUUGAUAACAGAUGAUCCUGGUAUCUGUCUUAUCCUUCAGACAGGUGCUUUGAUGUUCAGAAAUUUAAAUAUUUAGGAAAAAUUUUUUAAAGAUGUCUUGGGGCUCUCCAAGAAUUUUACUUGUCUGUGAUGAAGCCAAAUUUUGAAUGUAUAUUUUCUCUAUCAAUAUCUUAUAUAUAUACUAGACUAGUUUAUAUAUUGAUAAAAGAAACUUGAAUUUUGUUUGAUAAUUGAAGUGCAAUUAGAGAUGGUAUGAACUUAUACACAUUGUACCAUACAUAUAUAUUUACAAUUUAUACAUGUUUGAGUAUAUGGCAUUAAAUUAUAAAGUAAAUGGAGGCAGAAAUGAUGAAACAAAUGUGAGGGAUGUAAUCAGUGACAGUGUUAAGCAAUUGGAAUUCGACCACAGGUCAUUUCUUGUAUAACCAUUCUGCAUUAAUCAGUGGGAUAUUUGUCACAGGAAAGUGGACAGUUGAUAAGAUUUUUUAAAUACAGGGUGAAAUCAUAAGUACACCAGUCACAUGUUUUGGAUACAUUAAGUAAACAUGAACUUCAUGUUGCAUUUACUUCGGGAACUAGGUAAAUGUAUUUCAUGUCCUUACAUAAGUUUGAGCAUAUACAUUGUUGUCAUCCAUCAGGAUGACAUAAUUGUGUUCUUGCUUUGCUUCCAAUUUUACUCUUUGCAGUUGGUGAGUGUCUGGCACAGUUACAGACAAACUUUUUCCAGUGUGUUUAAUAGUCUGAGUUUUUCCAUUUAGACAAUAUUUAUAUUUUCAGUGUGUAAAUGUUAGAGUUGUCAAUUCCUUUAAUGCCUAGCACAGAGGAGCAUGUUGGUGACAGGACGCCAAGCCCUUAGUCCAGAUCUGUAACCACAUUUUUGGGGAAUGAUUUUCAGUAGUCUUACAUUCCAUACAAAAAAAAAAAUUACUUCGCAAGCUUUUAUUGGAGAAGCAGAAUGCGUACAUUCCAGCCGAACAUGUAUCAGAAAAUUUUCCCCUAAAUUGAAUGUGAUGUGAUCUCAAACCAGUAAUGAAGAAAAAGUGCCGUGAAGAUAAAAAAGAGACAUUUAAAUGAAUUUUCAUCAGCAUGAUGUUCUGUAUGUUUCAAAGUAAUAAUAUAUCAGAUGGAAGCUGAGCUUCCCAUUAAGCUUUAUUAUAGUAAAUGAAUAUUAUAAAUAUGCUGAUGAGCAUUCUAGAGAUGUUCCAGAUGAUUUUUUUAAUAUAUGUGUGUAUGUGUAAGGUGAAUUUAUUCUCGCUGUAAUUUUGUGUGAAUGAUUAAAAGAGAAAGUGAAGUUGCAGCCUAUAGUGCAAUGCCAAGAACUGUUUAAGUUUGAUUUUGUUAUACACAAAUAUAUAUAAAUAUAUAUAUAUACAUAUAAUUUUUCAUGAAUAUGGUGUACAGAAAUUUUUCUUUUUAACUUUUUGUGUUGCUAUUGUGAUAUUUUUCCCAAAAAUAUAUUUAGAAUUUAAAUGAAUGACACAAAAAAUGUUUGCGUGAAACAUUAAUAUAUUUUAUUAUCAUAAUAUACACAAACAAAAGUUGUCAAAAAUUAUUAUUUAAGAAGAAGAAAUUAUUUUUACCAUUUUGUGUGAUGUGCAGACGUAAAUUUUUGUUUACUCACUGAAAUUCUUUCUGUAACUUAAAUAAAGUCAGAAAAUUUUGGAACGCAUUAAGUACAGUGGUAGGAGUUCAACAGCAGCUAUGACAUACCUGCGGUCUGCUGACGUAUUUGUUUUAACUGAAGAAGAAAAGUAAUCAUUGUAGAAAAAUUGUGUACGGCUGUGAUAUAUAGAAAUAUAUUUGUGGAAUAUUUUGGAAUAUUUUCCAUAUGUACAUUCCAAGUACACUGAAAUUGAUACAUGGUAGUUGUAAUACUGGCAGUCUUCUCGAGAGAAUGUUUCAGUGACACUCCCCCUCGCAGAAAGAUUAUGUGUAUGAAAACACAAACAGAAAGCACUUCAUUGUUAAUGCCUCCCCUAGAAUUCAUGUUAGUUAUUUUAAAAUUGCAUUGUCUUUGUUUUGUUUAACUCUGUACAAAUUUUUACAAAUGGUGCAAACACUAUGUUGUUAAGUAAAGUUAUCAAUACGUGGAAUCAUGUAUCUGUUCAACACUGAGGUUCAAUAGGUAUUUAAUACAUUUAUGGCACUUUUAAGCAAUCUGUUAACAUGCUAAAGGUCUGCUCCCCACAUACUCAGUGCUGCUACCUGCCUCUGUGAAGUUAGCAUGCACCAGAAUACUCUAUAUAAAUUUAAUGGUUAUACAUAUGUAGUUUCUGUAAACUGUGACUGAUUUUUAUACAUGCCUUUCCCUUACUUCCUGUGAGGAUAAAAUGCUUGUAUUUCACUUAUGUAUCAUACAGUAGACAGGUAAUACCACAGGAAAGCAACUGUUCACUUUGUAGUUUUACUACCUGAGUUCACCAUAUUCAGCUGUAUAUAUGUACAUUCAUAUUGUCUGCAUUUAACUAAGCAUCCAUUAUUGUGUGCUGUAUGUGUUUGUGACAUUUUUCCUGUUAUGGUAAUGGACAUACAAUGUGUUGUCUUGAAUGACAAUGCUUACACAUUUGUUGAAUUUUGUACAGAGAAUUACUGUAAUAUCCAGAACAGCAGCUCCAACAGUACCACAAAUUUCCAUAUGAUCAUGUGUCAUUUUACUACUGCUAUUAUUGUAAUAUUUUAUUAGUAUGUACACAGAUAUUACUACAGUUUACAGUAAGAGUAUGUAAGCAAUUAGCUGCUGUUGGGACUAGUUCUGUUUUAGUGUUAGAUUUUAAGAACUGUUUGCUCUCAUAUGUUAUUUACACACACACACACACACACACAUACACACACACACACACACACACACACACACACACAAAAUUAUAUU